AAAUAAGACUGAAGUACGCUUGAGCUUUGUGAAGAAAAGAUACGGUGAUGAAAGAAUCUGCUGUACUGCUGGUAUGUUUCUUCGUUACCAUGACUGCAGCAAAUCCCGUUGAGAAGAGGAUACCAAAAUGUCAGGUUGGUUACAGGGAAUACGGUCAGUGCAAAUUUUGGGCUAAAAACUGUCAAUCCAGUUAUAAUAAUAUUCGCCAAUGGAUGACACGCAACUGCAAAGAGACUUGCAAUGUCUGUAAAGCUGCACCAACUCCCUACUUGACGCCUCAAAUCUUGUCAGUUAACAUAGCCCAAUGUCUGGGUGCCCACAUGCCAAGCGUGCUCUACAUGGUGUCCCAAACCUCCAGUGGGACUCUUCCUUGGCUUCUGGAGCAGGAGACUGGGCCCUCUAUCUUGCAAAAAAAACUAGAGUAGUAUUGGAGCACAGUACUGGCUCAUAUGGUGAAAAUAUUUAUUAUAAAGGCGAAUGGCCUGCUGGAAAGGUAUCAAACUGCGAGGCAGCUGUUGGUUCCUGGUAUGCCGAAAUAAAAGACUAUGACUACAACAGACCAGGGUUCAGCUCAAACACAGCACAUUUCACACAGGUCGUGUGGAAGUCAACUACCAAAGUAGGUGUUGGUAUCGCUGCAGUCACCAGGAAUGGUUUCACGUACACCUUCGUGGUGGCUCGUUACUCGCCGCCUGGAAAUAUGAACAUGCCAGGAUAUUUUGCUGCAAAUGUUCCAAGACUAGUCUAGAUAGCUAAAUGACUAGUUAAGGAAACUUCAAAAAUAAAAAUUGGUAUUGGGUUAUAAA